CAGAAACCACGACGAACGCUGUGACACACGUUCCAUUACACUACACGGUGUCAAGCAAGCAGCCACCACACAGCAACACGACUGCGGGAAGGGUCUCCCCCCAAAAACCCAACACAAUGUAUUCAACAACAGCAUUUACGCUGUUAGCUCUGCUAGCAAGUGCUCUGGCAGGGCCAAUCACCUACCAGUCCCGCGACGAGACGACAUCCUGCGCCAGACGAUGCCGAGACACGAACAAAUUCAACUACGUCCCUGGAACUACCUAUGAAUUCGAGUACAAUGUUCAGACCCAUACAUCCAUGGAAGGAGCAUCCAGUGAUCAAGCGACUCUUGGUAUUCGGGCAACAGCUGAUAUUGAGGUCCUGUCUAAAUGCGACAUGGCUCUUAGGCUGCGCGACGUGAAGGUAUACCAGUCUGAUCCUUCAACCUCUACACCAAUGAAGUACGCUGAUGAGUCAGGGGAGUUCAGAAGGAACCUAGAACGAUCGCCCCUCCGCUUUUCCUUCCAAGAUGGCAUAGUGGAAGAACUGUGCCCAGCUGAGGGUGAAACAACAUGGGCUCUCAACAUCAAAAGAGGACUUCUCACUGCUGUCCAGAACAGUAUGGAUAACCUGGAAAAGAAUCAGAGAGUAAAAGAGAAUGACGUCACGGGCGAAUGCAAAACAGACUACACGGUGGCAUCACGUGGCUGGUACUCUACAACUAUUAAGAAGAGCAAGAACCUCCUUGGCUGCACUGAUCGUAAUGGCUAUCACAGCUCAGUCCAUGGCAUGCAGUACAGAGUUCCUUCAGAGAUCCAGUCUCUGCCCCUCAUGAAGAGUACACACGAGUGUGAACAGGAACUGGACAAGAAUGGACUCCUCAAGAGUGCGCUCAUCCGGGAGACACACACAUUCAGGCCCUUCUCUAGAGCCACCAGCGGUGCCACAACCAAAGUCCUUCAGAGACUCAACUACAAGACUCAGAGAUCUGGUGUUACCACAAGACAAGAUUAUAUUCGGAAUCGGGCAGGACUUGUGUUUGAACAUGCCUAUGGCCCAGGAAACAAAGACCAACCAAUGAGAGACGCUGAGAGUAAACUGCGAGAGAUCUGUCAGAAUACACGAGAGGAUAUCCGCCCGGACACACCACGCUUGUUUUCGGAGCUUGUCUACGUCAUCAAAAACCUCAAUGUUGAUGACAUUAGAAGGGUCUACGAGCAAGUUAAAUCUGGAGCUAUCUGCACUGACAACAUAGAGAGGGUCAAGAAGUUCUUCCUGGACACUAUCCCGAUGGCCAGCACAAGUGCAUCUGUCACGUUCUUGAAAGACAUUCUGCUGAAAAGAGAGGUCACUGGAGCACAGGCAACCAUGUGGAUCACAUCCCUGUCUCUCAUCCACUACCCCACCAUGGAGAUGUUGCAGGAAGUAAAGGCACUUCUUGACACCCCUCAGUACAGCAAGGCCGCCAUGCUUCCAAUCUCCACUAUGGUCAAUAACUAUUGCAACCAUCACGAAGACUGUUCUGUGGAAUCCACGAUCACAAAUAUCAUCUCUACCAUGGAGAAGACCAUUGGUUAUGGCUGCUACAUCAGAGAUUCUAAUCUGGAGACGAGUCUUGUGGCCCUUCGUGCUCUCGGAAAUGCAGGCCAUCUGGACAGAUUGGCCACUACAAUUAGCAGCUGCUUCAACAAACAAUCCAACCCCACGGAGGUCCGAGUAGCUGCCAUCCAGGCCUACAGAAGACUGCCCUGUACUGCCGAUAGAAGCAACGUUAUGACCAUCUACCAAGAUUCCGAUGAGGAUGCCGAGCUGAGAAUUGCAGCCUACUUGGCUGUAAUGCAGUGUCCAUCUGAAGAUGUCUUCAGCAGAAUCCAAGCGUCUCUCGAGUCGGAGAAAGUUAAUCAAGUUGGAUCCUUUGUCUGGUCUCAUCUAACCAACCUGAUGGAAACAUCCAGUCCACAGAAGCAGACCAUCAGACGAAUCCUCGAGGACAAAACCCUUGGAAGGAAUUUCGACCUCUCAACACUCAAGUAUUCACGCAACUAUGAAGGUUCUCUAUUCCUGGAGAAAUUCAACACUGGCGCCAUGCUCGAGAGUAAUGUCAUCUUUUCAGAUAAAUCCUUCUUUCCUCGUUCUGCUAUGCUCAAUAUGACAGUGGAUCUCUUUGGGAACUCUCUCAAUCUUUUGGAGCUUGGUGGACGCAUGGAAGGAGUGGAGUAUCUCAUUGAGAACUACCUUGGCCCUUACAGCUACUUUGGAGGAAAGGCAGCCAAGAAACCAAAGAGUACUGUCAACCUUGAUCACCUAAGAGGAGACUUAUACAUGAGGAUCUUUGGCAAUGAAAUGUACUAUGACCAUUUCAAAGGCGUAGAUCCAUUGGCAUCCAUCAAGAACUUCAACUUUCUGGACUUCCUUAUCAAGAUGUCCAAGAAGCAAGAUUACUCCUUCACUCAGAGUAUGAUAAUCCUGGACAGUAGCAUGAUUAUCCCUACCAGCUCCGGUCUCCCCCUCAAUCUCACUGUAAACGGAACAGCCACCAUCGACCUCCAGGCCUCUGGUCAAGUGGACCUCCGUAAAAUGACAACUUCACCAAGCAGUCUCCUCAUUGAUGGACACAUCAAGCCAAGUGGAGCUAUCAAGAUUGUUGGAACAAUGAGCAUGGAUGCCUUUGUCACCAAAACCGGCCUUCGAGUUGUCAAUACCUGGCAUUCCAGCACUGCAUUGAAAGGGCGUGUAGAACUCAGCCGGGGAAAGAUUCUUAGUGCAGACAUUGACUUUCCACAACAGAAAAUGGAAAUCCUUGAUGUCAACACAGAGUUCUUCAGCAUUCAUGGUGAUCAGGAGAAGAAACAAGACUUGGUCACAGACAACCGAAAGAGGCUGGAACUGUGCACAGGAACCAGACUUGCCACCAUCACUGGCCUUGAGCUCUGUAAUGAAUUCCAGUGGUCUAAUGCUUCCAUGGUAGAUGCUGCUCCAUACUUCCCCCUUCACAGGGCCCUUCUCUCAAAGCCUUGUUCUUUACAAGAGGGACACACACACUGGCUACAAACUCAUGGCUAAACAAUCAACGAAUCAGUAUUCCACUGUUGCUCAGAUAGCUCUGAACACACCUGGAUCCAGAACUGAUCGAUCUUUGGCUUUCGACUUUCUUCUAAAUAAGAAAACCAAAGACCUUGAAAUCAACCUGGCGUCCCCAUGGAAGAAGGCAGCA